UAAAGUGUGGCAGUAUUCGGGCUGUAUCCACAUACUGUUACUACGAGCAGCUGCGGGCAGACAACCAACACCUCCUUGAGUCACAGGUGAAAGGUUACUAGCAGCUGGAGGCGGCACCGGGCUGAGAAUCAUGGCUAUAGAUUGGAUCGGUUUUGCAUAUGCAGCCCUGUUGGUUUUUGGGGGUUUUAUGGGAUUUUCCCGUAGAGGCAGUAUUGUAUCCCUUGCUGCCGGUCUCCUCUUUGGAUUGCUCGCAGCUUAUGGGGCCCUUCGUGUUUCAUACAAUCCAUUGGAUAUCAAGAUAUCACUAAUUGCUGCAGGCUGUCUCUCUGUAGUAAUGGGGAUGAGGUACCUUCGCAGUAAGAAAAUCAUGCCUGCUGGAAUUGUAGCAGUAAUCAGCAUUUCCAUGGUCCUGAAGCUGCUAAUUAACCUGUUCUAGACUUCUGCACUUUCUGGAAGGACCCUCCUUGGAAGAAAACUCUUUUGGAAAAGGAUCAAUUUUAUACAUUUUGCGAAGCAUGAAUUGUGCACUGAAUUUUUAUAAUCUGUUCAUUUCUAUUACAUUGAUUUUAUAUGAGAAUAAUUUUUUUGCUAUUUUUCUAACUAACUCAGCUGGAAUAAAUCAAUAAAACUAACGUUCUUAACUUUCU